GGUUCUUCACUUGACAAAUUGAUAAGUCGAUUUCUUCUCCCCCAACGACUGUUCUCCCCUAAUAAAUUUAAACUCAUAUUCUGUAUCCACGAGAUAAAAAUCAAAGACAAAUGCGUGACUCCGUACACAACAUCUGCCGGGAAAUUCGUUUUCUUUUAGCUCUUCCAGUCAGUAAUCAGUAGUCCCAGCCUUCAGCAACCCAUUUCAAGCCAUAAGUUCUUCUUUUUCAAUAUUCUUACAUUGGCUUUCCGUACUAGUACGACACUGCUGUGGUGCAGUAAAGUUGAAUUUGAAUGGUACAGUGGUAUUAACUGACGGGAAUCUUAUUUCUCAAUAUAAGAAUAUUGUGUUUGAGGAAUUCGGUCUGUCGGUGUAGAAAAAUGACAAGUAAAAAAUAUUUAUACCAACCUGCACCAGAGCAUCUGCCGCCGGAUUCUACAUCUUUUCUACCUCAAGGCGAUACUUCUCAAAUGAAGAAGAAUGUUCCCAAGAUCAAACAGGGAGUUCUCGAGACAUCUCAAAAAGGAAAUAAACCUCUCACAAGCACUUUGAAGUCGUCGAAGACGAAUAAACAAAAGGAAAGACCAAAACCUCUGGUAGUCUGUCACAAUCCGGGUAUUGUUCAUUCCUAUCUGAAGUCUGGUGAAAAUUGUGGAGAAUUAGUAGAAGACACUGUUCCCUCACCUCGUGCUGUCGUGAUACCAGCAGCAGCAGGCAACAUAACUCAGGACAACAGUAUGUUGCAAAAAUCAAUUAUGAAAAGUUCAUCUCGAAAAUUUGUCAAAUCUCGAUACAAGCAAGCUGCUGCAAAUAUUGUUGUCGCAGGCAGCAGUUCAAAAAAUAAUUCGUCGACAGCAAGUCGAUCAAAAUCUAGAUCGAUCGAAAAAUCGAAAGAGGACACAUUCACAAAUUAUAGUUUGAAAACUCCAAAACCGAACCUGGGUCCUGGUAUCACCUCAACACCUUCAUACGAACACCCACCUCGACCAGUGCUUGACUGGAACGCAUCUACUAUUGAGAGAAGUCGAAAUUCAAAUUAUAGUCCUGCAGAAACGGCUCGUAUGCGAAAAGUCAGUGAAUAUUUUGACGACUCAGAAAUUGAUGAUGAAGAAAUACUUUAUUGUCGCUACUUACAAUGGCAUUUUCUGGGAUUAACAAAAGAGGAAGAGAUGCAACUAAAACACCAACAGGCAACGUCAGAACUUACUUUUUUACACAAUAAAAAUGCGGAAUUAGCUGAAGAAGUUGAACAAUUGAAUGAAGAAAUUAGCAAACUAGAACAUCACUGUGAAUUAGAGAAACAUCUUGAUAUUCAACAAGCAGGAUUAGCUCCCGUAGUCGAUAAACUUCCAUCUAUUUUAGGUCCAUAUAAAACACUUGCGGAUAAUCUGGAUACAACAUGUCACAACUUUCCACUGACUGGUGCUUAUAUUCCUGAUGAAGAUGAUUUAGAAUGUACAUUGGAUGAAACAAGAAAUUUACUCGGACAAAUUAACAUUCUAACACAUUCACAGGCGCCUGUCAUGGAAGAAAUGUCUCAAAAGACCCAAGCCCUCGGUAAAAAUUGCCAAAGAAAUGCAGAAACUGUUGUUGCAGCAAAGAAUGAGCUGGCCCAGGAAACAUCAGCUGCACUUGAGAAAGCUAGUCUUAUUUCUCAACUGUAUUGGUUUCAAGGAUAUUGCAGUUGAUCAUCACCUUGCAUCUGCAGAAAUAUUUAAAAGUGCUGUUGGGUAUAGGGCUGUUUGUUCCUAACUUGACAUCAGUUAAAAAUUCAGAUCAUCAUAUUUGAGUGAAGCAGAUUCACAUUUUAUUUUAAGAUUUGAGUUGUUUGUGUCAAAGUCUUACAUAAAAUUAUUUGAAAUA